AGUAAUAAUUCCACAAUGGGUGUAUACCAUUGGAUCAUACCAUCGAAGAAGAAAGUGGGAAGUGACGACAGAGGCGCCAAAAAUCAAAAUUAUUUCUUCCAGUGGACCAUCGGCUGCAGAGACGAUGUGUGACAGCGCAAACACAUUCCCGGUCUACAAGGCGGACGCCUUAGUCCAGUUCUUUCGUGCAGAGGUACUUAUUGGUCAAGAGGCCAAACAUUUCGUCAAAGGUGAUAUCACGCCAACACCCAAGGCAGAUGUCAUACAGCGGCUUUACAUGAGGGUGCUGCAACUGGUAUUUCGCAUCAAGCCAGAGUCCCUGUAUCUGGCACCUUUGUCUGAAAACAUCCAGCAUCCUUCACUAUAUGAGGGGGCUGCCCCAAUCAUGAAUCUCUUCUUGCGCAUGCGCCAGUUCCUGCCCAUGUGCCAUGUUUAUGAUUUUUCACUCAGUGACCUGCUGACUCCUCGGGUCAAGCAGACCAUCACUGUUAUGAGUGGCAUCAUGAAUUUCCUCCACUUCCGGAAACAGAGGAUGGAGGUGACUGCGGCCCACCAGCAGAGCUUUCGGGAGAACAUGGAUAGGCAGAAAGCCUGCACACAGGGGAUUAAGGAUGCAGAGAGAAGAAUAAAGGAAUUGACGACCAUCCCCCCUGAACAGCAGGCCGAAGCUAAAGAACUGGACAAAGCUCUGGCUGAACUACAUGAGAACACCGCACAGGCAUAUCAGGAAGUGAAUAACCUGAAGGCUGAAGUCAGCGAUGGAAAGAAUGAAAAUAAUGAGCAGAUGCAGAAAGUGAACCAACUGAAGACGGACGUGAGUGCGCUCAAAGAGGCCAUCAGCAAGCUCAAGUCCCAGAUCGUGGAGUCGCCGGAGGACCUGAAGAACGAGAUGAUGAAGAUGAAAGAAAACAUCAGAACCAUCAAAAACUCUAAAGAGCUGGCAGAUGAGAAGCUGGUGGAGUAUCAGAUCAGUGUUGCGGCAGUGGAACAGGGCAAAGUGGAGAUCCAGCUCCUGUACAAAUUACUGCAGGACCUCCAGAGCAGCAUGACCAAGGCACACCACCAGCAAGAGGAGAUCCAACAGUUGGCCUCUGAGUACGAGCAGCACCUGAAGGAGCUGAAGGCGGUGGGCGUGGAGGAGGCCCAGCUGAGGCGGGCGCAGGCCAUGAAGCAGGACAAGGAGUCCAAGCAGCAGAUCCGCCGGCAGAAGAAGAAGGAGAUGAAGGACCACCACCUGCGCAACAUCGUGGGAGAGUACGACCGGGUCCAUCAGAAGCGUGAGGAGGUGGUGGAGGAGAUCCACGACCUGAGGAGAGAGACCCAGCAGCUCAGGGCCAAGAUGCAGAGCAUGAGGGACACCUGCAACAAGGAGAUCCAGAAGGCACAGACCCUCUAUGACCAUCUGUUGUGCAACCUGGAUCAGCUCCACAAGCGCAUUGAAAAUCACAUUGUUGAAGGCAGCGCGGAUAUUCACAAAAUAAAGUCAAUUUUCUAGGUGUCUCUUUCUAUCUUACCCUUCCUUACUGUUUGUUAUAUAUUCUGUCCUGUUUGUUAUGUUGAUGUAAGUUAUCACUUAUAAAUGUUGUCAUUAAAGACUUUAGCCAUAACCUUAAAGA